AUGGCGCGAAGUCUGUCUCUAUGCUCCAAUGGAAGAAAGUCAUCGACUUUGCUCUCGAGCUCCAUCGCUAGGGUUUCAUUUUCCUUUUCUCCUAAAACCCUUUUCGCUUCGUAUCCGCUUCGCCACCCAAAAUUCUCACGAUUGUUCUGUAAACUCGCAUCUGUUCCCGAGACGGUGGAUGAAACAAAGCAUAAGGAGCUUUUCAAUCGAAGAAUGGCCAUGGCCGGACUCAAACCUCACCACCGAAUUGCUUUGGGAGUUUCAGGUGGGCCUGAUAGUAUGGCACUUUGUGUUCUAACUGCAAAAUGGAAAACUGAAGGGUUAAGUGGUGUUAACAAGACAGAUGGCUUCAUCGAUGGACUUGUGGCUAUAGUUGUGGAUCAUGGAUUAAGACAAGAGAGCAAAGAUGAGGCUGAUGUUGUCUGUUGCAGAGUUUCUGAAAUGGGAAUCAGAUGUGAGUUUGCUCGUUGUGAUUGGGUGAAUGGUAGACCAAAGCAAGGUCACUUACAAGAAGCAGCUCGUGAAAUGAGGUAUCAAAUGAUUUCGAAUGUUUGUUUUCGACAACAGAUUGAUGUCUUGCUUAUAGCUCAUCACGCGGAUGACCAGGCUGAGUUAUUCAUUCUCAGGUUAUCUCGCAGUAGCGGCGUACUUGGACUUGCGGGUACAGCAUUUGCUUCUGAGAUUUUCUCCCGCAGUUUGCAGUUAGAUGUAAAACAUAUGAAGAACCGAUCUAUUCUCUUAGUGCGUCCUCUGCUUGAUUUAUGGAAAGAAGACAUGUACAAGAUUUGUCAAUGGGGCAGACAAGAUUGGGUUGAAGAUCCGACUAAUCGUAGUCAGUUGUUUGUUCGGAAUAGGAUUAGAACAUCAAUAGGAAAUCUACAGUCAGGCACCUUCAAGUCAGAGCUGCAAGCAGUAAUUUCUGAGUGCCGGCGAACACGUUCGUUUGUUGAUAAAGUUUGUACAGACUUAAUAAAUCAGACGGUAACAGUGACAGAGAAGGGAUAUGCUGUUCUUGAUCUAGAGAGACUAAAACCUACAGAAGUUAAAGACAUUUGCCUCUCAAAGUAUCUUGCUGCGGUCCUGCAGUUCAUUUCUCAACGGCAGAAACCAAUUAGAGGAAACACUUCAAAGUUGCUUUUGAACUACCUCCGUGCAAGUCCGUGCAGGACAUCUCUUACAGCUGCUGGUUGCUACCUUAGUCCGGCUCCUGGGUCAAAGGGUACCAAAAUUAUAGUCUCAUGUUCUGUUGAUUGUCCUUUACCGUCAAAGACAGAACUAUUGAACAUUUGCUUCAAUAAAGCUCAGAAUAAACCGACAUCUGAUGAUCUGGGUCAAAUCAUAUCAGUUUCAAAAGAAAUUUCGGACCAUACAGCCCCGAACAGAUUGUUUGAGGCCCCGUUUUUGGAUGUUGCCUCCGAAUCUGUCUUGAGUAAAGCUAGAGAGCUCAAUCUUCUGAGCGAAUCGAUCUAUACAGCCAUCGGUCUACUGCAGAGGGAUGAAACCAAUCGGUUCAUAACUAAAACAAAAGACAAAUCGGUGGAUGAUUCAGAGCAUGGAACCAACAUUGCAUCAUCCUCUGAUAAAGUACAUCUUUGGCCAGGACAAAAUCUCUACUUCAUGAACCGGUUUCUCAUCAGGUGGAACUUGAGUGACCACCAAUGUGCUGAAGCAGGUUGCGGAAAGUGUCCAGUGAGUACAGCUACAUCAAUGGAAGUUCGGCACAUGGUUGAAUCCGACUGGAUCUAUCUUGCUGAGCUUUCAAAAUGCUCGAACACAACUCAUUCUACUGUAUCCUCACAAAAAGCGCUCAGGUCCUUAAAGUCUAUCCCAGCCGCUGCAAGAAGAAGCCUACCUGUCUUGGUCAAUCAAUGCAUGUUACUACUUAGCGUUCCCGCUAUUGGCUUCAGUUAUUGUUCAUGCCUUGAGGCAUCUGCAGUCUUUCUACCAAGAGUACCACUUGGAGGCGGUCAUAGCUCAUUUCUCUAG